AUGGUCGACGAGAUGAAUAACUACGUCUCUACCUCUGCUGCGGCAGUGCCCUCCACUAGCCCUAACGGCUAUGGGCGAGUGGCGGUCAUCCAACGCGCUCUGAUGACCAACAAUGCCAUUCCUGACUCUGCAAUUGGAUUGCAGAGUGGCUCUCCCCUUCGGGAGGCAAUGGAGAGCCGUAUCAACAACCAGCCUCAGAGUGGUUCCGCUAUUAUUGACAUGGAUGGUGUCCGCGUUUCUUACACCUUCGAUGAGCUUGCCAUGAUGGGCACUCAGCUCGCCGCCGCUCGUGCCGAGCGUCGUUUCCCUCGUACUACUGCUAGCGAUCAUGAUAUCCGUGCAGUUGUUGAGGACUUUGGUCGUCUUGCUGAGCUCAAUGAAGCUCGUGGUACAGCACCUCCUGAGGAGUGGAACCGUAUGCCUAACGUCGUCGAGCUUCACGUUCGCAUUGCUCAGGAGAUUCGAGCACGUGAUAAGACCACUGCCGAUCUCACCGAGGAACAGCGCGUCAAGACUCUUGUUAACAACUUGAUGGAAGGUGUGGGUACUGAGUCUCGUAUCUACGGCAUUGUUCAGCACGCGGUUACUCAUGCGAUCAAGAAGGACAAGGGCGAUGAAGCUGCUCGACUCGCAGGUCAGAACAUGAUUGAGAUGCUCAAGAGCAUUCGUACUGCCAUCAACCAGAUGGCUGAUCAACGUACUCACAAUGUUGAUGGUGUCAAUGUCGAAGCAGUUCUUGAGGACGUCUUCGGAAUGAUUGAUCACGCUCUUAGUGAGAACUUGGGUGAACGCGUCGAGCAGAUGGAUGGCCAGAUCAACCGUGUUGAUGGUCAGAUCAUGCACCUGAACGCUAUCGGCCAGCAUGUCAACGCUAUCGACGGCCACGUUCAUUCUCUGGGCAACAACCUCAACGCCAUGGGCACUCUUCUUAACUCGACUAACGGCAAUGUCGUCUCUCUGAACACCCAGCUUGGUCUGCUCCAGACUAUCGUCAACAUGUUGCCUCAGAUGGUACAGCAGGCACUUGAUGAGAUGCUUCCCCAGGUUCUCCAGUCGGCUCUUAACCCGAUCAUCGCCGUUAUCCAGGCCCGCAGCGCCGCUCUCGCCAACCACAGUGGUAUGUCUGGCCUUCAGAAUGGUCAUACCCAGAAGAAGUCCAUCAAGUCCUUCUUCAAGGGUCUCUUCAAGGGCUUCCGCAAGUCCGGCCACUAA